AUGGAGCGGGCGGCGGCCGAGGSCCGGCCCCUGCUGCCGGCGGCGGGCGGCUCCGCCGGGCUCUCCUCGCCCGGGCUCUCCUCCGCCGGCGCCGUGUUCAUCCUGCUCAAGUCUGCGCUGGGCGCGGGGCUGCUGAGCUUCCCCUGGGCUUUCGGCAGGGCCGGCGGGGCCRUCCCCGCCCUCCUGGUGGAGCUGGGCUCGCUGGUGUUCCUGGUGAGUGGGCUGGCGGUGCUGGGCUAUGCCGCGGCGCUCAGCGCCCAGCCCACCUACCAGGGCGUGGUCCGGGCUGUGUGYGGGGCAGCCGUGGGGAAGCUCUGUGAGGUUUGCUUCCUCCUCAACCUCUUCAUGAUCUCCGUGGCCCUCCUCAGGGUGGUGGGCGACCAGCUGGAGAAACUGUGUGACUCCCUGUACCCCAAUGGGACACUGAGCGGGGCCCCCCAGCUGCCCCCCUGGUACGUGGACCAGCGCUUCACCCUCUCGGCUCUCUGUGUCCUCGUCAUCUUCCCACUCUCUGUUCCCAGGGAGAUUGGCUUCCAGAAGUACUCCAGCAUCCUGGGCACACUGGCUGCCUGCUACCUCACUCUGGUCAUCAUCCUGAAAUACUACCUGCAGGCAGAGAGCCUGAGUUUAACUGAGCCUCCCCAGCCCACCAGGUCCUCCUCCUGGACUUCCAUCUUCAGUGUCAUUCCCACAAUCUGCUUUGGCUUCCAGUGCCAYGAGGCAUGUGUGGCCAUCUACAGCAGCAUGCGCAACCAGAGCUUCUCCCACUGGGUCACCGUUUCUGUGCUCUCCAUGCUCAUUUGUCUGCUCAUCUACUCCCUCACUGGUAACCCCAGCGCCAAACCCUUCACCCCUUCUUGCCCUGGGGGUCCCCUCUCCCCUCRGCUCAUCCAUCCUCCUCGGGGUUCCUCUGCCCUGCUCACUGCACGGCUGCCCACCCCCACCUCCCUGUCAGCAGGGCUCUAUGGCUACCUGACCUUUGGCAAGGCCGUGGCUUCCGAUGUCCUGAUGUCCUACCCAGGGAAUGACCCCGUUGUCAUUGUUGCYCGCCUGCUCUUUGGCGUCUCCAUUGUGACCAUUUACCCCAUUGUGGUGCUGCUGGGCAGAUCGGUGGUGAAGGAUUUGUGGGCAACCCCGAAGCGCGGGGCCGUGGCAGCRUCUGAGGCACACGAGCGGCGGAGCCGGGUGGCACUGACGGUCACCUGGAUGGCUGCCACACUCGGCAUCGCCCUGUUCGUCCCUGACAUCGGCAAAGUCAUCGAACUCAUCGGGGGCAUCAGCGCCUUCUUCAUCUUCAUCUUCCCAGGGCUGUGCCUCGUGUGCAUGACUGGGACCCGCAGCCUCGGACCACGCAAAAAGGCUGCUCUCAUCGCCUGGGGUGUUCUCUCCGUUCUGGGCGGUGCCUUUGUCUGCGGGCAGAGCGCUGCCCUGGCCGUGCUGGGGCUGCUGCGCUGAGGGGCACAGAUCCCCAUCGUGACUCCCACCAUGACCCCCCAGCACCCUGCCCUGGACAYGUCCCAGACACAGCCACACCGCUGGAUCCCAUGGCCGUUUUAUUUGGCAUCACCGUCCCMGUUGUACAGUGGCUAAUAAAGACAGGACAGGGUAUUGACAAGGGUCCUGUGCCGCACACCCCGAGGGACCCCCACGCACAGCGGGGUGGGCGUGGGGCUGGCACAGACAGACAGACACACAGACAKAAGUACAGAGCCCAGGRAGGAGGAGAGGCAGCCACCCUCAUGCCUGCAAGGCACCAGCUGCAACUGUGCACAUGCAAAGGAAACCCCAUGGGACCCCCACGCCUGAGAAGGACUAAGGGGUGCCUUAGGAGCAGGGAAACCCCCCUCUGCCACCACCCUGGCUCCCCCUGGGACAGGGGUCCCCAUCCCUGCACCAGGCACAGCCUCAACCCUCCCAGUCUCCUCCCUGGGUGGCCCCUGGGGACUAGCACAGACCCCCAACCCACUCACUGCUUUCCGGGGGGCUCCAGCCUCCCAUCCCCUCCCAUCCCUGCUUCCUGGUG